AUGAACGAGAAGUUAGCCCUCAGCAGCUCAGUCGCACCGUCUCGCGCUGGGCCAUCGUUCCGCCGCGGUCCUCCACUGACGCCGGCCUUUCCCUUGCAGCUGGACCUGGUCAGGGCGGGCGACGCAGGGGCGCUGCAGUCGGGCCUCGUCUCCCUCGGCCCGCGCGCCACCAAGGACUUCUUCGCUGAGAAGCCGUUGCAUGUUGCUGCUGAAGAGGGCCACGACGAAGUAGUGAAGAUGCUAAUCUCUGCGGGAGUUGACGUUAACGGCAAAAAUGACAAGGGUUGGACUCCAUUGCAUAGAGCUGCCUAUAGCGGCCACAGCUCGGUGGUGACGGUGCUUGUGACCCGAGGGGCAACUGUGAACGGCAAUAGUAAUCGUGGGUGGACUCCGUUGCACUUAGCUGCCCAAGAAGGCCACGAGGCGGCGGCGGAGGAGCUCAUCGUUAGAGGCGCUGAGGUCAAUGUAAAAGAAGAGAAAGGUUGGACGCCACUUCACUGGGCCGCCCGACAAGGCCACAAGACGAUGGUGGCGAUGCUGGUAGGCAAGGAAGCCGAUCUGAAUGCAAGGACAGAGGAAGGUAAGGCAGAUUCAGGCCUGAUUAUGUUUCUUGAAAGGUAACAGGGAUGUAGGAGGAAUAUCGUAAAAUUGUAACAUUGUUUUCAGGGGAAGGCAAUAUGGGUAGUUCUUUGAGAAUUCAGGAAUACCUUUCUUCCAUUCGCCUGUCGGUUGGGUCUGUUUAUUCGACGUCUGUUUUAAUAUCAGUAGGGAGAAUGAAGGAGACUCCACAGUAAUGAAGACAAUAGUAUAUAAUAAUGACAGAAACUAGUAAUGGUUAUAAUGGUAAUCAAACACAAGGGAAGAUAUAUAUAUAUGGUACCAGUCCCUUGCCUACAUUUCAACUUCUUAUUGAUAUUAAUUCUGUUUUAGUGUUUCCGUUGAUCCGAUCCUGUUAACGCUCUGUACCAUCUUUUGGGUUACGUCAGGCUUAUAAAGUUAUCCGAUCCACGGUGUCAUGUCACUUCAUUGUCAUGUCAUGCUAAUUUCUCUUUCUUUCUGUCUCUCAUUCAUUUUUCAUAAUAGAUCUUUGAAGAAAUUCUC